UGAACUGCUGCUCUGAGGAUGCUGUAGAGGAGCAGAUAAUACUCUACAAGGUACUUCUAAGAACUGAAGAGCAGACAGUCGAGAUGACUGCCAUCGAGAGUAAAGAGGAGAUCAGUGACACUGAUAGUGGGAUUAUUGUGCACUCUGGUCCAGACAGCCCCACGUCCCCGGUGAAGGACCUGACCACCCACACCAGAGCCCUGAAGCUGAAGCACCAGUCUCUGGAGGAGCGUCUGGAGCUCUGCGUGCUGGAGCUCAGGAAGCUCUGCAUCAGGGAGGCAGAGCUGACUGGUAAACUGCCCUCAGACUACCCUCUGAUGCCCGAUGAGAAGCCACCCCGGGUCAGAAGGAGGAUUGGAGCUUCCUUCAAGCUUGACGAAGGUCUGAUCCAUCUGGAUAAACAGGACUCAGAGCUGCAAAUGCUGGAAACUGACUUGGCUCUUCAGCAGCAGAUUUACCAAGCGGCCCGCAAACUCUCCCUGGAGGGGCACCUCAGCAAACCACAGAAGAAGAGCCGGCUGCAGCAGUGCAAGAGGGCGGAGAAGAAGGUGAAGGAUCUGCAGGAGGCCGUGUUCCAUCAACGCAUCAAGAGCGAGUGCAACUCGCCAUGCAUCAGCAUCUCCAACAUCUCCAACAUCUCCAACAUCUCCAACAACCAACACAAAGAUCUGAACAUGUCUGAUGACAGCUCCCUGUCUGAUGUGGUGGCCAUGGAUGAUGAUGUGGACUCGCCCGGCCCUAUCUCGCCUCCAGUGUUGGGCACUUCCUAUUCAGACCCCCUCCAGCUGUCAGCCACCACCCUUCAGUCGUCCCCGCAGUCAUCGAGCCAGCUCAGUGUGGAGUACGAGCGCUCUCCCAUCCAGAACUCUCCGUGGAAAGAGUCCAGCCUGGAUCAGCCUUACCAGAAGCCCAACAACGCUCAGUCUUCUUGCAGCAGCAGGUCCAGUAGUCCACCAGGAACCCAGGUGUCUGCAGAGAGCAUAAUUCCUCUGUCUCACUUCAUAAAGAACGCGGCGCUGCGUCAGAACCACUCCACCAGCGCCCCCUCCACCCCAGAGCUGCAUGUACGCCGACAGUACUCCCAGUCCUUCAGACUUCCCAAAAGUAAGCCUCCACCUGCUGACGUGGAGCACCUCAGCUCAGAGAGCAGUCGAGGGCGAGCCAGGCUGCCCCAGCGGCGCUGCCUGGCCGACUUCAUGGUGCGUUCUCCAGAGUACUCUCCCCUGCGCCCUUACCAGUCCAGCUCGGAGGACAGCAGCUCGGAGCACUCGUCCUCCUCCUAUAUCAGCUCUCCAGGCAGGGAAGGACCCACUGAGAUCCCAAAGCUCUGCCCGCCGCCUUACGGAUUCCACUUUGGAGCACAAAAGAAAGGGCUCUCAAGCUUCACCAGCUCACACAAGAACAACAACCAGUCUCAGUGCAGCCCCGGCUACAUCAGGGCAGUAGCAGAAGAUGGCCCCCUCUCUCCUCAAGACCUGGACAUGGCCAAGUGCUUCCUGUCCCCCCCUCCUGUGGCACACAACCCUCAGCAGAGACAGUGGCAGGAGGGAGCAUCGUCCCAGAGGGGAAUCCUAAAGCCCCCUCCGCCUUACACCAGGCUGGUGCGAACGCCCUCGCUGAAGGAGUACCCGAACCACGCCAUCCGGCUGAUGCCCAGGGACAUCGUGUCGGAGGAGCUGAAGUCCUGGCAUCAGAGGAAUCAGCUGCAGAAGUUGCGGCCGAGCUGCAUGGAUCAGAGUGUCAUGAGCCCCACUUCACCUCAUCUGCCUCUAUUUAAACAGGGUUCGGGUAAUGUGAUUCUCCAGAGAGCUGCAGACGGGACUCCGGUCCAGUGGUUCAUUGCAGAGGAUGCUGAAAUCGUGAGCCAGGUGUAACUGAGACCUCGACUCCUCUGCAGUAGGAUGUGUGUUUCUAUUUAUCUCUGUAUUUAUUACGGCUUUGGACUCUCUGUGAGAUCGUAUGUUGAGACGAUGCAGAAAACGCGGACCUAUCGGUACCCCGAUGUGCACAUUUCUCUCUUUUAAUUUAAAACUUAAUGUGAGGUGGUUUGCCAGUUUUAUUUAUUUUAAGUUGUUUUCUAACAGAUGUUUCUGAGGUGAAUUUAGGUUCAUACAAAACAGAUUUAAAACACAGUUGCUGUGGUUUCAAGAAUUUCUUUGUGUCUGGCACACAUUUUGCACAUGAAACUCAUCUACAGUCAUUUUCAAAUAAGUUUAGCCAUUCCUAAUGUAAUGUUUUAUGUUAAACUAUAUUUAUCUGUUAAUGACAGUUUCCCUAAAUACUAAAAUGUUUAUGCAAAUUUGAAAAUGCAUUGCUUUUCUUUAUAUAUAUAGUUAAAAUUUAACAUCUAGCCAUGACAUGAAGUGAGCUGAAUCUUAACGUUUGCUAUUAACUCUUGAUAAUUUAUCACUGAUGCCUUAAACGGUGGUUUGAUAAAUGUUUUCACUGCAGUAUGGUGUUUUCUUACUAACCAAGUGAUUGUAUCAGUUUUGAUAUGUUUUGUAUA